UCAAGCCAUACAAUUUAUCGAAGGAGGUGGAACAACAUGACUCGUUUCUCCCUGUCAUGCGCAAACGAACCGACUUGACGCAGCCACAUUCCCGACACCCAAGUCUGACCGCGACGCUUUUCUCGCCUCCUGGCCGACAAGUUUGAGCGAACUGAUGGCACACUUUACACCGCACUAGCCAUGCCAUCAUGGGCUCCAGCCUUUACUCCUCGCCACCGCCUCCUCGGCCACUGAGCGAUGACAAGCCCACGCUUCUCACAUCGUGGUGGAUCACGCUUCUCUGCGCGGUCAUCAUCCUGUUUCGUCUCUUAGGGAGAUGCGUGCGGGUCGAGAAGCUGUUUCGGGAGGAUCUAUAUGCGGCCGCUGCCCUGAUCCCCCUCUUUGUACGCAUGGGCCUUGUGCAUCCGAUCCUGCUCUACGGCACGAACAAUGUGUUGUUCGAUGGUCUCUCCCCACCGAGCCAUAUUGAAAUCCACCGCAGAUCCGUCGCCAGCCGUUUGGUGCUGGUGAGCCGGCUUCUUCACUGCGCCAUAUUAUGGUUGCUCAAGGUUGUCACCCUCGAGUUCUUCGACCGUCUUGUCGGCCAAUCCGGCAAGAACCGUUAUACCAUACUCCUCCGGUUCAUGCGCGCAUCUCUGGGUGUCACUUUCGUUGCCGUCGUCAUCGCCGACCUUGCCGAGUGCAAACCAUUCACACACUAUUGGCAGGUGCUCCCAGACCCCGGAGGACAGUGCCGCCAAGGAUACGCCUUCCUGAUCACAAUGACCGCCUGCAAUGUCCUCACGGACCUGUUGUUAAUGGUGUUCCCGGUACCCAUCGUGUUUAAGAGCCGGAUCUCGAAGGGCCGUAAAGCCCUGCUGAUAGCGCUGUUCUGCUUGCACAUUUUCACGGUCGUGGUGGCUAUCUACAGGGUGCCAAAAAUCCUGGGAGAGGAUGGCUACCAAGCUACGAGGACAAUGUGGGCCUCGGCGGAGAUAUUGAUGGCCACCUUCGCGGCGAACGCCCUGACGCUCGGCACGUUUAUGAGGGAUACGGGGGUGAAGAAGAAGAAGCCCAAUCGGUACCAGCCAACGGAGUCGUCCGGCGCAAGAAGCGGACAGCGAGCUUCCAAGGUGACCAAGAAGGCCUCAUGGCAGGAUCCAGAUUCUGAGGGGGACGACGAACCGGCCAUGCCAUACGGUGCUAGAAGUCCCCGACCUGGUGAGACAGCUCCCAGCGUCGCUGGCGCUACCACGCCAGCUCCGGAGGGAGAAACCGAUGUUCCACGCACGGGCAGUGUCGACUCCCUGAUUCCCAGGACCCGUUCCGAAGCUGGGAAGCCGGACAGCGACGCCAAGGUUCUCAAGACCACGACUAUUGAGGUCACGGUGGCCCCAGCGGAGGACUCCCUGUACAGCGGCCCAGGAGAAACGAUCAAUGGCCUUGUGAUACCCGCUGUCAGCAGCGCGGGGCCAGCGAGCGGUUGGGGUAGACGGCGAGGGUCGCCCAUUCCGUUGCGGCACAUGGAACCCCUGCCAGAUCGCGACCAAGCCGCAAACGGUCAGGUGUAGGACAGUAAUGCCUUGUAAUGUACACGGGCUUUUUAGCGACCACCUGUGCACACCGCGGAAGACAGCUUCAAGUUACACACCUUACCGUACACGUGAUGCAACGCCGGGUCUCUGACUCUCUA